UCGUUUGCGCUUCAAAACGUGAGUUUUGAUGUUUGUGUUUCUUCUUAUUCACUCGUCUAGACCACAGAGACGUAACGCAAGGGUUUGGUGGCGUUUUCUUCAGCUAUUUUGUCAGCGUAACAAGAAAUAAACUUAGAGCUGAAAUCUGGGAGAGCCAAUGGAGCUCAAUUGUAUGGAUGCAGAUGAGGCACGAUGCUAGCUAGCUAACUAGCUCCUAAGGACAUGGUGAGCAUCAACGCUAUCCUUUGCCUCCAGUGAAGAACAGCUACAGGAAGUCGAUCUACUGAUAUGGAAGGCAACGGAGAGAUCAGCGACACUGACAGCGGCAUCAUCCUUCAUUCAGGCUCUGACAGCCCGACGACGCAUACGAAGGAUGUGAACACACACACUCGAGCCAUGAAACUGAAACACCAGGCUCUCCAAGACCGACUGGAGUGCUGCUUACUGGAGCUGAAGAAACUCUGCAUCCGUGAAGCUGAGUUGACAGGACGGCUGUCAGAUGAUUACCCUCUGCUGCCUGGAGAGAAGCCUCCACAGAUUCACAGACGUAUUGGAGCUGCUUUUAAACUGGAUGCACAAAGCAUCCCACGGGGAGCGGAGGAGUCAGAACUGAGCAUAGUGGAUGCUGAGUUGGCGCUUCAGAUGAAAAUAUACGAGGCAGCACGCAGGCUCUGCGAGGAGGAUCACCUGAGUAAGGCUGUUAGAAAGAGUCGUUUGCAGCAGUGCAAGAGGGAGGAGAAGAAACUCAAGCAACUACAAGAGACGGCCUUUCAGCUGCGACUAGAGCACGGCCGAUCAUCACCACUUCCUGCUUUUAAUAUUACACAACAAGAUCUGGGUACAUCUGAUGACAGCUCCCUGUCUGAUUCUGUAGUGCAAGAUGAAGAGGUGGCAAGCCAAUCAUCACAGCCAUCCUCAGGACUCCCUUAUCCAGUAGAGACUGAUCCUCCCCAGCCUCCCCCACAGUUCUCCGUUGACGGCUCCUACAUGUCUCCAUCUGUGACUUCACAACCCACGCCGCUGACCCCGAGUCAGUCUCCUCACCCGCGUCUUGACUCUCCGCUGAGUUUCAGCUCAAGCCCAGCAUGCGAUGCUCCACCCAUCCAACACUCCCCGUGGACAGAGUCUAGUCUGGACCAACCCUACCAGAAGAGCAAGAAGUCGCGCUCUUCCAUCAAGACGAGCAGUCCGGCCAAAAGUGAGCUGUUGCCACCGUUGGAGACAUGCUUAGCCCAGUCUGCAGCUCUGCCACAGCAACUCUCCCAUCUGAGGCUGAGCCGCACCCAGUCAAAUAGCACGCCCUCCACACCAGAGAUGCGCGUGCACAGACAACUCUCCCUCAGGUUGUCCAACCCUGACUCUUCACAUGAAAAGGACCGUGGUCGCACCAGAGGUCCAAGGAGGCGACUGACAGAAUACACAGUAACUUUACCAGAGACGCCUCCCCCUGUGGUGAAUUAUGGAAGCCAUGCUAACUCUGAGGAUAGCCACUCAGAGCACUCUUACAAUAGCUCCCCGUGUCAGGAGUUGCCCUGUGAUUUGCCCAAACACUUUCAACCUGCAUUCCCGCACUCUAGCCCAGUUGGCAGCUACGGACCUCAAGUCUUCCCACGCACUGGCUUUUACCACAAUUCCAGGCACCAGUCCAGCCCCACAUUUCAGAAAGCCUAUUACAAUGAAAUGGUCUAUUCACCUGAUAUGGACAUUGCACGGAGCUAUUACGCCCAGCAGGCUCCCUGUCCUUCCAGCAGAUAUGACUAUUGGUAUAAAGACCCCGCUUUCCCUCAUCAAAGAGCACAGAGGCCUUUACCUCCUGAUAUCAGACUCUCCCCCUCCCCAGCUCAAUGGGACCACCCAAACUACUGCUCCAGUGGUGUCCCACGACAACUGGUGAGUGAACAUCUCAAGUCAUGGCAUCGGCGCAGUCAGGCGAAAUCACCCAGGUCCCGCUCUCUUGACCGACAGGGAGCAGUCAGAGUCAAAAACAUGUCCGUUCGGGAGACACCCUGCUACCAAAAUCCAACGUACCAUGAACAGGUUCUCCAGAGAAGGACUCUUCAAAGAACCGCAGACGACACUCAAGGGCACUGGGUUGUAGACGAUGGCUCUCACUUCAUAAGUCAAGUAUAAAGAGAUGAAAGUCGGGCACCAAACUGAGCGUGAUCACUCAAAGGCUGUAACUGGAUCAGUUCCCAUUAAACCAAAGUGAAGUAGUGAGAAAAUCAAGUUGGAUUAACUGUUAAUGCCCAUAGAGAAUUAUUUUUUUCAUGAAAGCUCACAUCGUCCUCUUUACCCGCCGGCCUGUCUUCUGGCAUACAGCAGGAGGAUGAAAUUCAAUCCAGUACAACAACAACGCAAACUAUGGCCAGAGUUACUAUAAAGUUGAAACAACACCCGUGACACAUUCUGAGUAAAGCUCAUUGAAGAGCAGUUGUAUUGGAUUUGGAGUAAAACUGUAAAGUGUGACUGUUGUUUUCAUCCACUCUCUGUAUGCGGUUCUGUAAUAACAGGUACAAAUUAAGCAUUGUGUGCUUGUUAAAUGAUAUGAAUGCAAAACGGGACAAAUGCUAUUUAUUGUUAUGUGCAAGUGAGGUGUCUUACGUCUGAUGCCAUAAAUCAGUUUCCAGCUCAAUACUGGUUUAUCAGUUUCUCAGAAAGCAGAGUCUCAUCAUCCCAUAGUUUCUGUGUUAUGAAAUACAGAGUCUUUGUGCAAAUGUAAGAUAAUCACAAAUGAAAUGGCAAUGGGCACCAAACUGGUUGCAGACAGCAGGAGCUCUUACACAGCAAUAGACACUAAAUUUGCUUAUUGUAAUUAGAUAUCGAGAAAUGUGAUUGUUUUGAAAAUAACUUUUCAUUCGGGUCAUGUUAAUUUAAGACCAAUUAUGAUUUCUUUCACGUUAAAUCAAUAUCAGAUGUAAAGAAGUCAGGUAAGCUGCUUUAUGUACUUGAUCAUGUGAUGUGACUUUCUUUAGCCAAAAACACACAAGUAGCCAAAUAAUGCUAAAUGUGGGAGAAUCAAGAAUGAGAUGCUCUGUUCUUGCUUUUUUUUUAGUUUGAGAAUAAGGGUCUCCCAUUCAUCUAGCCUUAUGAAGGAAAUAAAUCCAUGGUAAAAUAAUGUAAAUGAGCAACAUAUCCCUUUUUGAAGUGUUUGUAAUGUUAUAUUGAUUUUAGUCACCAUGUUAAUGAACUUGAGCUGCUUAAAUUUAAGUUCCAGGUUUGUCCUCUGUCGCUUAGUCUUGGAGUCAAAUUCGUCUUGUUUUUAUACUUACACAUGUCUGUGACUGUACCAGUUAACUUGAAUUUCUGACUGAUUUAAUCAAAAGUUGAAACUAGAAAUUAACUCACUCACAUGAGAUGCAAAGUAGCAUGUUAAGACAAAAGCAGAGUCUUGAUGUUUGGCAGCUAUUACUGUAUCAAUAGAAAUGUCCUGAGCUUUAACUGUAUCUUUUUCAGUGUCUCGUAAAGUGUUUUUAGCACCAGAUUUAACUCUAAGGUGAAUGGUAUUCAACACACUGCCAGUAUGUGAUGUACACAAGCAGAAACCCACGUCUCUCAGCCAAGCGAGAUUUUAUUAUAGAUCAUUAAAGAAUUAGAGUUGAUUACUACAAAUGCAGCAACAGCUAUACACUGACUGGUCUCACACAGUGAUCUAUUUAUGUAUUAAUUUAUUGUGAUUUGCACCAUUGGACCCGUGGAAAGUCAGACUUGAAAUAGAAGAAGACAUGGACCUGAGUUUGCAAAAUCUAGCAGCAGUAAAGACUGUGUGUAGUUUUUUAUAUAUAUAUAUGAAAGAACAGACCACAAUCAUGUUACCUUGUGUGCUGUGUGCCUCUUUUUCUCUUUUUUACUGUUUUCUAUUUAUCAGUUACAGUAGUUUAAGUGAACCUACUAAUGUGUUACAUUGCUGUUUUUUAAAGAUCUGUGAAAAUGUUUUUCCUGUGGAAGUAAAUAAAG